AGGGAUCCCUGAAAUGAAUUUUCCAACGAAACGCGGAGAGAGCGAAAGAGCGGAAGAGCGGAAUGAGGAGCGGAAUUAGCUUGCAUAUGCCGUGGACAGUGGCGGGCAUUUCUUUUCGCUUCGCAAGCGUUUGGCGUUUGGAUGUGUCGCUCGAAUGUCGCGUCGGAAUCGCACAAGAAAGUUAGUUUAACUGGGCGUAUACGCAACGGGUAGCCAUCCCAUCCGCAGAGGUUUCGCAUACGCCCUGUGGUGCGAGGAGGCAUUGCGGGGGACUCGCUGCUCCCGUCGUCGCCGUCGUGUGGCUGUCGUUACUACGCGAUUCCCAUACGGAUACCGAUCUCGAACGGCUGCCAGUCGCUGCCCGCCGCUCGUGCGUUUCGUUCCGCUCGCUCUAGAUAUCCGCAUUCGCACAUUCGCAUCCGGAGCGGAAUCCGCUUCUCCAAAGAAAAUACGAACAAACAGCUGACCGGAUGAGCGUUCUUUUGGAAUUGGCUGCGUUUUCGAGGCACGGAACUGUUUCAACUCAAAACCAAACCGAACUCAACGAACCUCAAUCACUCGCCGACUUAUUUUUGGUAAAUGACCAAGCAUGGCCUACGACAUUAGCAUAGAGAAUCACAACCGCAACUGUCAGAGGACAUCGACAUCGGACGAUCGGUUUAUGCAGCUUUGAAAUCGAGUCGGGAAACCCAGAGGAGGGCAGCAACAAAUUGCAACUUUCGCGUUUCAGUGAAAAAGCCAACAAUUUACACACACACACUUUAAAUAGCCCUACAGCACCACUAGGUUAAGCAGAGCAAACGAAACCAAGCGAAACGAACCAUUAGACCCCAGAUCACAACCAGGAUCAGAUGAGGCAGCAGCCGGUGCAGCAGUCGAGCGGAAAAUCAAUGAGCAGCAGGCGGCGGCACAAAAAGCCCACGGCAACAGCAGCAGUAACCACAGUUUUCAACCGCCCCGAACUUUAGAAACCCCCAGUCUCGAGCAUGCAACAGGCUGGCCAGCUGACGCCGCAGCAGCAACAGCAACAGCAGCUGCAGCAGCAGCAGCAGCAGCAGCUCCUGCAGCAGCAGCAACAAAAUGGCGGCGACCUGGCCGCCUACGCCGCCUCCCAGGCGGCCGGCGGUAGGCGUGGCCCCAUAAACGGCGGGCGCUUCGACUUCGAGGACGGCGGCACCUACUGCGGCGGCUGGGAUGAGGGCAAGGCCCAUGGCCACGGCGUCUGCACGGGUCCCAAGCACCAGGGCGCCUACGCCGGCGCCUGGAACUACGGCUUCGAGGUGUCCGGAUCGUACAUCUGGCCCAGCGGAUCACACUACGAGGGUCAGUGGCAGAACGGACGCCGCCAUGGACUGGGCGUGGAGCAGAUCGGGCGGCAGAUCUACCGCGGCGAGUGGUCAAAGGACGGGCACAAGGGGCGCUACGGAGUGCGGGAGAGCACUGUGUCGACGGCCAAGUACGAGGGCACCUGGAAUGAGGGCUACCAGGAUGGGUCCGGAUGCGAGACCUACGCGGACGGCGGCAAGUACCAGGGUCAGUGGCAGGAGGGCAAGCGGCAUGGCUACGGAAUCCGCACCUCGGCGCCCUUCGGUUUGGCCUCGCAUCACCGGCGCAAGAACCUCCACGCCUCGCUCAGUUCCCUGCGGAGUGGGGAGAACGGGAAUGCGGCCAAGCUGGCGGAGAAGGCGGAGGAGAUACGCGGCGGCUUCGUCCUGACGGCCAAGUCCGAUAAGCUGCCGGUCCGGCGCAACAGUUUGACGGACAAGACCGGCAAGAAGGGUUUCCUCAUGAACCUCAAGAUGCGCAAGCAGCGCAGCACGGGCGAUCUGGAAAAGCGGGGCACCAUUGCAUCCGGCAGCAUACGGUCCACCAUGUCCUCGGCCUCCUGGAUCAGCACUGGAUCCGAGCAGUCCAACCUGACCACGAAAUCCAACCACACCGAGUCCAAUGCCAGCUUCACCAUGGAGGACGAGCAGCUGGACCCCACGGUGGUGGAGACGUACAUGGGCGAGUGGAAGAAGGACAAGCGCUGUGGUCACGGCGUGGCGGAGCGCAGCGAUGGACUCAAGUACGAGGGCGAGUGGUACAACAACCGGAAGCACGGCUACGGAGUGACUACUUUCCGCGACGGAACCGUCGAGGAGGGCAAGUACAAGAACAACGUACUGAUCACCAGCCAGAAGAAGAAGCAUUUGUUCCUGGCGCGUUCGCGCAAACUCCGCGACCGCAUCGCGGCGGCUUUAAGCUCGGCGCAGCGUGCCCUUAAGAUGGCCAUGCAGCGCUCCGACAUGGCCAUUUCCCGCAUGGCCACCGCGGCGGCCAAGGCCCAGAAUGCGGACGCGGCGGCCGAGCAGGCGCGCAUGGAUUGCGAGAAUGCGGUGCGCAUGGCGAGGGAAUUCGCGCCCGACUUCAAGCCCUCGGUGCUGGAGCGCUUCGAGAAGCUGCGCUUCCGGGAGCGGGAACGAUUCCGUCCGGGACCCGCGGCCGCCUCCGAUGCAUCCGUCAAAAUGGGCGUGGGCAUGCAGACGCAACAGCAGCAGCAGCAGCAGAGCCAGUUCUCGCCCACGAGCAGCAGCGGAUCGGAUGCGUAUGCCACGCAGGCACAGCGCCAGCAGCAAUAUCUGCACAUGCAGCAGCAGCAGCAGCAGCAGCGGCGCAUGUCGCAGCAGAAACAUGAGUCGGAAUGCCCGGUGCCACCUUCGAUGUACUCGCAGCAGCUGCCCGUCUCGCCGCAGACGGAUCUCACCGGCUUGGUGAGCCAGGCCCAGCCCAGCCACGCCCAGGUGAUCAGCGCCAUCAAUCAGAUGUACCACCAGCAGCAGCACCAGCAGCACCAGCAGCAGCAGCAGCAGCAGCAGUUGAACCAGCAACAGAGCAACCCGCAAAUGAAUCCUGCAUAUCAGUUCCAGCAGCAGCAGCCGCCCGGCCAGGCCAAGAUCAAUCCCAAUCUCAACGCGAACCUCAAGCAGAACCAGGCACCGAAUCAAAACCAGGCACAGAUGCCAUUUGGCGCUGGCACCAAUCAAGUGGCCGUCUCCCCACAGCAACAGCAGCUGCAGCAGCAACAGCAGCAGCAGCAGCAACAGCUCCUGCAGCAACAACAGCAGCAGCAGCAGCAGCAACUCCUGCAGCAGCAGCAUCAGGCUCUCCAGCAGCAGCCCUCGCUCCACGCCUCGCCCACCCACAAUGCCUCGAAUCUGCUGCGCCGCGCCUCCCAGAUGCAACAGCAGCAGAUCCAGGAGGCGGCCACCGCCGCAGCAAUGGCCGCCAAUGCCGCCGCCAUGGCCGCUGCCCAGCAGCAGCAGCGCAGCGGCAGACCGCCCAUGCUGGGCCAAAUGGGCCAGCAGUCAUCCAUCGACCACUUCGAUCACUACAAGCGGCCGCCCAGCCGCGACUCCUCCAUCGAUCGGUACGCCCGGGCGGCCAGUCGCUUGAGCGGCGCCUUUGCGGGAUCGCGGCAAACGUCCCUGGACCGCUCGGGUCUGGCCGAUCCGGUGACCAAUGGCGGCACCAGCACACCCGAUGGACGCCCCCGGGCGGGCUCAGUAUUCCGCGGAUCCACCCCGCAACCUGGAGCCGCUACAUCGACCAUGACGGGCAACGGAUCCCUGCCCACGGGCACCGGCGGCGGACGUUUGUCGCGGGCCGGAACACCCAGCCUGGGAGCCGGCGGACGGGCGCCCAGCCAGGGCAAGGCGGAGCCGCUCUUCUCGUCGCCCAACCAGCCGUUCGAGGACGUGCUGCUGCGCCAGCGGACGCUCGGCCAGGACAUCAUUCCCUCGCCCUCGCAGCCCAAGCGCACGGAGAGCCUCUAUCUGCCGGCCAAGCCGGCCACGCCGGUGGGCAUGGCCAUGGGCGGAAAAGGAGGCGGCGGCGGCGGUGGCGGCGGCAAGAAAAUGAAGUCGGUGCCCAUCAAUGUGACGCUGCAGCGAAAGAAGUCCAUGCCCGAUUUCCAGGAGCUGCCGCGGGCCACCGAGGCCAUGAGCCGGGAGGAGGUGUCCGCCUUGGGUUCCGCCCGCCGGGAGGCAGUGCGUCGCCAGAUCGAGGUCAACGAGCGGCUCAAGGCAAAUCCCUUGCUGUAUUUGGUCAGUCCACAGGUUAAGGACUGGUUUGUGCGCCAGCAGCUGAUGCUGCUCGUCCUGAUUUUCAACGUGGCGUUGGCGCUGCUGUUUGUCUACAUGCUCACCUAGCGCCGGAGGAUGCACAGGACGACGCGGGACAGGGGCGGAUUCGGGCAGCGACUGGCUUUGGGUGGCCACAGUGGGUUUGGCAGCCAGCGAUAGUACGCCGUGGGAUUCGCCGUGGUCCUUGGGAGUUUGCUGGCCAUAGUGGGUUGCCCACGAUUUGCGUCGGGGGAGGUGGGGGCUAAUGAGUUUUAGCAUUUGCAGAGAAGAGUUGAUAUAAAGCAGAACUUAUAUAAGUAUCCAAAGUACCAUAAAUGUAUAUCAUAUGUUUAACAUGAGCAACACGCUGGAGAUGGGAAAAAGAAAUCGAAUUACAAGUCUAGACUGCAGCCAAAUAAUGGAUAAUUAAAUUAACUAAAUAGCGCAGAACUGCAAGGCACAAAUCGUAGCAAACUAAAUACAUAACGUACUAUAACCGCGUGGCUGUGCAGCCAAUCAUUUAAUUUGUCGAGCCAAUUCAACUUUGUAUUUGUGUGGCUAGCCAGGUGAGCUGGGGGGUGGAGAUCGAUUAACUAUAUGCAAAUCAAUUUAACGAAUUUUUCUACACAUUUAAUGUAAAGAUAAAGGCAAAAGAAGCAAAAACAAAAACAAACAACACCUUAACCUAAUCAAUGUUUAAUCAUGAUAAAUAAACGCGUAAUAUAUUUAAUCUACGGCUACUUAAUGUAAUACAUAAUACGAAAGCAAACUAGGCAAAUGCAAGGCAUCCAAGAACCGAAAACCAAAAAACAAAAACUAAAACCAAGAAACUUUUCCUAUUUGCAAUUGAGAAUGCAUUAGUCAGCAAACUUAAUCAAAACAAAAGGCAACCGAAUAAUACAAGUACUCAUAUUUAUAUAUUUAAAGUGUAACGAUGUGACACCUAUAUUUGUAUAAUUAGCAAAAUUUUGUGGGACCGAAAACAGCACCAACAACUAAGGAGCAACGCAAAUGUAUCUACAAGAUAUCAAGUAUCUUGGGCUCUGUUUUUGGUUUACCAGUUGAACAUUUUCGAAACGAAAUUGAAUUCGGGAAGGUCUGAGGAGAUUUACGGAAUCCGAAAAUGAUAUUCUUUAAAGCAACGGAUCGAGAUUGUUAAUGAAUGAAGCUGUAUAUAUACAUUUUAAAAUAUCGUAUAACUAUAACUAUAUUUUCUUCUCGAUAAUUUACGUUUAAAUUCAUAGCUGGGACGACAUCAUUAUUUCAAAGUGUUGCAAUUUAUCGUUUUUAGUUUCACUUCAUUUACAAUGUACGAAUAUGUUCUAAAUAUUAUGAUUUAAUUUUUUUAUUUGUUAUUUUAUAUGCAAACAUUAUUGAAAAGAAAUAAAACCGCACAUUCGCAUCUUUGCAAGUGUA